AUGUACAAAAGCCUAUUGGAACGGGGUCCGGUCGUCCUCGGAGGAUUUUUGCUGGUAUUGAUUGCAUUCUGCGUCUGCAAAUCCAUCUACCGGGUGUACUUCCACCCGCUGUCCCACGUCCCCGGACCAAAGCUCGCCGCCGCCACAUCGUUAUGGCUGGCCUACCACACCUUUAUCGGAGACGAAUGCACCACUGUCUCUGAACUACACAAGCGAUAUGGCCCUGUGCUCCGUGUCGCCCCCAACGACAUUGACAUUGCCGACGGGGAAGCCAUCGAGCCGAUAUAUCUCGCUCAUGGUGGGUUUCCCAAGACACGGGCGUACUCUAAAUUCGACAUCGACGGCCAUACGACCAUAUUCUCCUCGUUGACGCUGUCCGAACGGGCCACUCGCGCCAAAGCCGUCGCCCCGCUGUUUUCGACCGCGUCGAUCCGCCAGUCUGAGCAGGCGCUCGGGGUCGUGUUCGAUGACUUUGUCGCUCGGACGCGGCGGGAGGCGCAGACUGGGCGUCCGGUUAAUGUGCUUAAUGCCACGCGGUGCAUGGCUAUCGACGCGGUCAGCAUGUACUUGUUCCAGAAGCGGUACGGCGCUAUCGACGAGGGUUCGAAGACCAUGUCCGCGUCGCCGUUUGUAGAUGCGUACGUGGGCGUCGGGGCGUUCUUCAACCUCGCACAUGGCAAGAUCAGCGACGCCCUGAUGAGAUUUAUUGAUCGCUGGAAUACGACGCAGGCGACGGAGACGGCGUUUCAGUUGAUGGAUGCUUAUACAAGUCAGCUCGUGAAGACGGCAGUCCCGAAAAGUGGCAGCUACCAGAGCCGUCUCUUGGAGAGGGAGAUCUCCGAGGAGUUGUCGCAAAUCGAGCUCAAAGACGUGUGUUUUGCGGGCACAGAUUCGACGGGUAUGAAUAUGGCGACGAUCAUGUGGAAUCUUGCAAAGCACCCUGACGUAUAUGCCCGUCUCCGACAAGAACUUCAAGACAGUGCAGCACGCGACGAAGACUUGACAUCAUGUGCUUACCUCCGCGGUGUUGUCAGGGAGGCGCUCCGACUAUCGUGGGCAAACCCGACGCGUCUUCCCCGGGCCGUGCCCUCCGGAGGUUGGAGGUUCAAGGACUACUUCUUUCCGGCUGGAACGAGUGUCGGAGUGGCCGGUUUCCAGCUACAUCAGGAUGAAGAGGUAUUCCCAGAGGCGCAACGGUUCAGACCUGAGCGAUGGCUGCAGCCUACGGAUGCGAUGCUCAACAAUUUCUUUGCGUUCGGAAAGGGUACAAGAGCAUGCAUUGCACAGAAUUUGGGGACGGCUGAGCUCGUCUGGGCAACUAUCAAGGUCGUUCAGGCGGAUUUGCUGCGAGGGGCUAGGAUUGUUGACAAAGAGAUCCAGAUACUGGAGUGGUUUAAUUCGAGGGUGAAAGGGGAGAAGAUCUUGAUCCAGUUUGAUGUUCAGAGUUAG